AUGGAAAUAUCUAUGGGGGGUUACACUCCACUCCAUAUAGCGGCACAGCAAAAUCAUGAGGAUGUGGUGGAGCUUCUCAUUGGAUUCAAAGCAGAUCCAAAUAUCCGAGACUAUAGCGGAAAGAAACCGAAACAGUAUCUACGGAAUUCUGCUGCCUCGCGUACGCAACGCUCUCGUUACCUUGAGACCAGAUCUAGCAGUGUGCAAGAAUUAUUAGUGUCAAGUAGGCUAGGAUCUAAGACAAAUACAGAAAAAGAGGAAUCUGGUGGUUUUUUACGAAAUACAACCAAUCGUCGCAGCAACAGGGAUAGCGCAAUACGUUCCUUGAUACGAGCGUCGUCGGGUGCAGUUCAACGCACUGUCAUGGGAGUUGGAGAAAACUUCCUGCGCAAUUCAUCAGAAGACGUGAACAGCGACGGAUAUACGCCAAUGUCUUCACCAAGAAACAGCGCCGAGCCAUCUCCCAGCAUGCACAGGAAACAUGUCAGUGGUAACUAUGGGGACAGUGACCUGAUGCCACCCCCAUCAGCGCCAUCACGGAACAAGGUCAGGAAACCUGUACACUCGGUCAGCAAGGAGAGCCUCGUGUCGGACAACAGGAUCAGUGUUGCCCGUCAAGUGUCCAGGUCUGAAUCUGAGCCCAACCUUGGUGAGGUUGUCCAACCCAGCAAGACCACAUUUAUCUAGUGAACUAUCGCAUAAAUCAAGCAGUGGCCAUGAGAUUAUGCACAACACCAUCAGAUUCACUGAGACUCGUUCUGUGAAAACAGGCCUAAUGCAUGUUCGAAGAGUGUCAUCUCAGAUAAGGCAAUAAGCCGCACAGGCUAAUCAAGGGCAAUAUUUUUAUGGAUUUUUUUAUUCAAGUCUUUUCUAGAUGAAAAUCAAGUUUUGCUGAAAGUGUCGUCCCUCAUUAGCCUGUGAGAACUGAACAGUCUAAUCUUGGACCAUGCUUUAUGCACAUGCGUUAAGCCAAGCUUAACUAGAGGCCCAAACUUAUUUGUGACAAUGUAAGUUAGUCCAUCCAUGACAAACUACAAACUACAUUCAUCUAGUGAUGUUAUCGCACAUCCACAACAGUUACUGUGGCUACAUACCCCUGUUAUACAUUUGCUUGGCUACAUUAUCUAGAAGUAUGUCUGCUUAAUCAAAAACUGUGUCUGCCAUACAAAAAACUGAUUAUCAUCAUUGGUCCAAUGCCUUUCAAAUUGUGUAUGUUUGCACACACCCUUGUUAGAGGCAACACAAGUGUGUGUUUGAAGCUAAUUUGUAAUUACCAUUGGUAUUAAUCAAGUGUUGAGCAUGAAACAAUAGCAUCUGAGUAGAAAUGAGCCACACCCUGGGAAAUCGGGGCUUAAAGCAAGUGCUUAAAAUAGGUACCUGAUUAGCCUGUGCAGUAUCAGGCGAACCAGAGAUGACACGUUUGGCUUUUAUGGAUUUUUUCUAUUAAAGGAAUUCUAUUCUAUUCUAAAUGAAAGUUUGUUCUAGGGGGAAAGUGUUGCGUUAGAUAAGCCUGUGAGGACUGCACUGGCUUCUCUAGGGCAACACUCUACAAAUACAAAUUUUAGCCUGGUUUUCCCAGAGACUUGCUAAAAUGUUAUUUUAUUCUCACACUUUACUCUUGCUUUCUUCUUAUUAAAUGAGAAACAAAUUGAUACCUUACAAACCUUAUUUUGAAUUAAAAUCAGUUAUCGGUGUCCCGUUUUCUUGUAGUAAAAUAUAUUCACUUGUAUUCAAUAUUUUUUUAAAUGAUUUUUUCAAUUUUGAAUUCAAAUACUCUUUUUUAUCCAUUUUGUAUGCUUAAGACAUAGAAGAUUAACUUUGUAUAUGUUUUUAUGCAAGUUAGUAAUCCCUUACAUACCAGUAAUGAAGAAGGAAUAUUAGCAUAGCUUUAUAUGCUGUAUGCUUGUACAUGUAUGUAAUUUCUUUUCAGCAUGACAAUGAAGUUUUUACAUUGAAAUGUUGUAUGAAGAAAGACUUUGUAGCUUGUCUGGUUAAUGAAAUAUUACGUUGAAUUAAUAUUUAAAGCAAAUCUUGACCUUAAGCUUAGACACAAGUGUUGAUAUGUUUUAUAUGUGUAUGUUAUGCCUUGUAGAACAAUUGUUGCAAAGUUGUAAACACUUUACAUAUUUUACAUACUAUAAAGCUGGGUAUAAUGUUUCUUUGAUAAGCCCAUAAUUAAAUAUUGAUUAAUUGCAGACAGUUAUAUGCAGACAGUUAACUGCAGACAGUUCUAUGUAGACAAUUAAUUGUUUUAUUAUUACAAUUGAAGGCAUUAUUAACAUCAAGUUAAUAAAACAUAGCAAGUUGCUGAAUCAUACAUAUAUGAGAUUUGUGCACUAACAUAACUGACCCAAUUUACACAUGAUAUAGAAUAACAAAGACCAUGCAAAAUACCCAUGUAAUAUAAUUAUUAAGGUGCUAUUUUUUUUUAAUUGGCCAUUUAUUUAAGGCAUCUAUUGCUUUGAUGUCUGUGUAUUACAUCAUUGUGUUUUAUAUAAAAUUGCGUUAUUCAGUAUUGUACUAUCUCAUUAUGGAAUAAAAUAUGUACACUUUUUUUA